AUGCCGGCAGGGAAUAACCAAACAAAUAAUGAAGUUACGGGGAACGUUGCAGCGUUUAUCCCCACCACUUUGAAUAAAUCUGAAUCAACAUGGGGGGCAGCACUGGCAAAAUUAUCACCAGAAGAGCAAGAAGCGUUCGGUGUCGGUGGUACAGAAAAACUUGAUAUCUUGGAAGCUGUCCUGGCCGCGACGAGAGAGAAGAAAGAUAUCUGCCGACAGAAACAGUGGAAAUAUACCUGGAAAGGCGAGAGUAUCAUACUUCGUGAUAUUGCCGACAAGAUUCUUGUGUGGGUCGACAAAUUUAAAUCUAUUGGGGAUGUAGUUGUAUCUUUUGACCCAAAUCAUGCCGCACUCCCUUGGGGCGCAUUUAGGUUUAUUCUACAGUUAUGUUCACUUUUUGAUACGGUCGAAGAAGAAACAGUUAAAGUAUACGCAUAUAUCUUACUAUUCCUGGUCCGGGCUAAGCAGUAUUACUCAAAGAACACUGGAGUUCGGAUUGCAUUCAGUACCUUUGAGACGGAGCUAGCUUCCCUGCUUGAUGAUGUCGCCACACAGGAGGCUAGCUUGCUCAAAGCGACUGACCUUGCAGAAGUAGAAUACCAUAGAAUAGCUUGCCAUGAACUUCAGGAAACAAGUAAAGAAAUAUCCGAUGGACUGAAAAGACUUGUCCAAGGAUUUCAAAUACCAAUUAUUAGAAUUGAGUCCGAUGUUAAAAUACUUGUUAGUGCUCAAAAUGCCGAAGAGCGAGUAAAUAUCUUGAAAUGGUUAUCACAAGUUGAAUAUGAAAAGCAUCAUGUAAAUGCUUGCAUUGGCCAUGUGGCUGGGACCGGUGAAUGGUUGCUGAAUAAAAGAGAUUUUAUUCAGUGGCAGAAGUCAAGUGCUUCAACAAUUCUCUGGCUACGUGGAAUCCCUGGCGCCGGAAAAACAAAACUUACGUCGAGAGUAAUCGAUAACGCCAUACAACAGCAGAAAUCCGGAAGUGAUGAGGCCCUUGCUUAUUUCUAUUGUAAGCGCGAUGCAUCUGGGCCGACCGAUCUAGAAGUCAUCAUGAGCGCCAUUGUUAAGCAACUAUGCUGUCUACGACCAUCGCUGCCGUUGCAGAAGGAGGUUGUCGCUGUUUACGAGGCUAGGAAGCGUUCUGGGUUCUCUUUAGGAUCAUUAGGGUUUCAAGAAAGCCUCGAACUCAUCAUCAAGCUAGUCAGUGUUUACCCACAGACCACCAUUCUGGUUGAUGAACUAGAUGAGUAUGAUCAAGAGAAGCGAAAGAAAUUUUUGAUGUCCUUAAGGAUCAUUGUGGAAUCUUCUACAAGCCUUGUGAAGAUAUUCGUUUCUAGCAGAAAUGACGAUAUUGUACUCAAGCUAGAAAAAUUACCAAACCUUUGGAUCGAAGCAGCAGACAAUGCAGGCGAUAUUGAGAGGUUCGUGCAGAAGGAGGUCAUACGCUGUGAAGAGGAUGGGGAUUUGUUGCGUGGUAGCGUCACAGAUGAGAUGAUAGAGAAAAUUAUUAGUAGCCUAACCACGCGGUCUCAAGGAAUGUUUCUAUGGGCCGACCUUCAAAUUAAACACAUAUGCGCCAUGGAUACCUCGGCGGAUAUCGAGGCGGGACUAAACGCACUACCAGAAUCUUUAGAAGAGACAUAUCUAGAGAUUUAUGAUCAUAUACAAUCCCAGAAAGGGAACAGCCCACAGAUAGCUGAAGUUACUUUGAAGUGGGUACUGUGUUUGAAAAUAUCAUUAACACCUGCAAAGCUCGUUACUCUAGUCUCGCGGUCCGUCAACAUCGGUGAUCGUGAGCUUAGCGUGGAAACGGUGUUGAAAAUAUGUUGCAAUCCUCUCGUGCUUGACCGCCAAUCCAACAUUUUACGGCUUUCACACUUAUCAGUACGCGAAUUUCUUGAAAAAGAUUUCGGAAUCAUCAAUGCACACACCAUGGCAUCGAAGUUUUGUCUUUCUUAUAUGAUGGAUAAUCCUGCUAUCAUGAGCCCCUCCCUCGCUCCUGAUGCCAGGGCGGCAUUUGUCAAGCGUUACGUCGUGAUUUAUUUGAUACAUCAUGUCCGGUGCUCUAGAUCUCUCCAUCAACAGACAACCCCCGAGCUUUCUGAAUUACUUUUGAAAUUCUUAAAAAGCUCUGCUCUUGUGUCAUGGGAUAUAGCACACCGGUCUUAUGGGAAUCCUGUUUAUUACCCUCGGACAGGCUCAUUGGCAACUCUUCCAGCCCGAAUAGCAUUAUCGUUUGGGCUUUCUGAGGCUCGUAGCUUGUGGGAUUCAGACUCAGGGGGUGUUUAUGCAAUGGAGAAGCAAGAAAAAAUAGAUUUGUUCGUGUUUAUCGCAGCGCAGACACAGCACCGCUGGGGCCUGGAGCUACUUCUUGAUAGUGGAGUAGAUAUCGACGGCACACAAACUCUGGGCUUCCUAAGGUUCAGGAUAGGAGCAACCGCGCUACAGUCCACGGUUUUUAACGGAAACAUAGACAAUUUGAAGCUACUACUAGAUAGAGGGGCGAAUAUAAACGUAUACGGCCGCGGUCACUUCGGCAACGCGCUAUACGCAGCGGUCGCAAGCCAAAAGGAGGCCUCUGUAGAGCUACUGCUAGGUAGAGGAGCAGACACCAAUAGAUCCGGCGGUAGCAACGGCAGUGCGCUAGAGGAAGCGCUCUGUGGUGGAAAUGAGAACAUUGUGAAGCUACUACUGGACAGAGGGGCAGCUUUCAACGCAAAGUGCCCUUUCUCGGGCAGCGCCCUACAUAUAGCGGCUGUCUAUCAAAGGGAGAACAUGGUCAGGCUGCUUCUAGACAGAGGGGCGGAUAUCAAUGUACGCAGUGAGAGAUACGGUGGCGUGCUACAGGCAGCAAUGUUCGAAAGCUACAAGGAGACCGUUGCGAAGUUAUUGCUGGAUAGAGGCGCAGAUGUCAACGCAAGCGAUCGUAAAAUUGGUAGUGCGCUACACUCAGCGGUCGGAGGCGGCGAGGAAGCGGAUACUCUUGUGAAGCUAUUGGUAGACAGAGGAGCAGAUGUCAACAUACAUGGGGGUGAUUGUAGCGUGAUAGCGGAAGCGGUCGGUCGUGGAAGCGAGACCACUGUGAAGCUACUGCUGGAGAGAGGGGCAAAUGUUAACGCUCAUGGCGGUAAGUGGGGCAGCGUGCUACGGGCAGCCGCCGGGUCUGGAAACGAGAGCGUAGUGAAGUUAGUUCUUGAAAAGGGAGCAGAAGACAACACAACUAACGCCGGUUUUCACCGCACCGUUCUACAGGCAGCGGUUUCUAGAGGAAACAUAAAUAUCGUGAAACUUGCGCUGGGCAGAGGAGUAGACGCCAACGAUGUUAAUAACGCACUAGACAUAGCUGUUCGUGGAAAUGAGGACGUCAUUUUGCGGUUAUUGCUGGAUAAAGGUGCAGAAAUGCAUGUGGGUAGUCUUGGCGGUGGCAUGAUACACAGAGCGGUGAUGAGGGAUAGUGGAAACGAGAACAUUGUGAGGUUACUGUUGGAUAGAGGAGCAGAUGUCAAUGAAAACUUCCCUGGUCGGGGCAGCGUGCUAGAGGUAGCAGUUAGUAGCAGACGGGAAAACAUUGUGAGGUUGCUGCUGGACAGAGGAGCAGAUAUCCACGCAGAUAUCCUCGGAACCGACGAACUUAACGGUAGACCAGGUGGACUCCUACCACUCGCGGUAGAGGUUGAUCAUCUAGACACUACGAAGCUACUUCUGGAAAGAGGAGCAGAUAUCAACGCAUACUACGCGAACUACUACAGCAGUGCCCGUAGGGCGCUAGAAGUAGCGGUGCAAAGCUCCGGCAGCGCCGCCCCUGCAAUUGUGAAGUUAUUGCUGGAUAGAGGAGCAGACAUACAGGGUGGCGAGCUAGAGGAAGCGAUACGCCGAGGAGAGGUGGAAAUUGCGGACCUAUUGGUUGACAGGGGAGCGGUCGUUCGGGGCAAAGCUGGUACAUGA